CGUCCGUGCAUCACCACUUUAGUGUCGGGGCCAAACAGCGGUGUCAAUACACCAAGGCACAGCCAUGGCCUUGGUUGAUCUUGCUAUGCAAGGGUUCUCUAUCUUCGGAUUUCUGUUAUUUAUUGUCCUCUGGCUCAUGCAUUUCAUGUCCAUCAUCUACGUCCGCUUGCAUCUCAAUAAGAAGACAACUGACAAGCAGCCAUACAGCAAACUUGCAGGGGUCUCACUGCUCAAGCCCCUGAAGGGAGUGGACCCCAACCUCGUGGACAACCUUGAGACGUUCUUUGAGCUGGACUACCCAAAGUAUGAAAUUCUCCUUUGUGUCCAAGACCAUGAUGAUCCAGCCAUCGACGUCUGUAAAAAGCUACUGGGCAAAUAUCCCAACGUUGAUGCCAGAUUAUUUAUAGGGGGAAAGAAGGUCGGCAUCAAUCCAAAGAUAAACAAUCUCAUGCCAGGCUACGAGGGUGCAAAAUACGGUUUGGUCUGGAUCUGUGACAGUGGAAUUCGAGUGAAGCCAGACACCCUUACUGAUAUGGCUAAUCAGAUGACGGAGAAGGUGGGGCUGGUCCACGGCCUCCCCUACGUGGCAGACAGACAGGGCUUCGCCGCUACGCUGGAGCAGGUGUAUUUUGGAACGUCACACCCUCGCUCGUACAUAUCGGCCAAUGUGACGGGGAUCAAGUGUGUGACUGGAAUGUCAUGCCUGAUGAGGAAGGAAGUCUUGGACCAAGCUGGAGGGCUCAUCGCUUUUGCCCAGUACAUAGCUGAGGAUUACUUCAUGGCCAAGGCUAUUGCAGACAGAGGGUGGAAAUUCUCCAUGGCAACGCAGGUUGCCAUGCAGAACUCGGGCUCCUACUCCAUUGCACAGUUCCAGUCUCGCAUGAUCAGGUGGGCCAAGUUGCGCAUCAACAUGCUGCCAGCCACCAUCAUGGAGCCCAUCUCUGAGUGCUUUGUGGCCAGCCUCAUCAUUGGCUGGGCCGCGCACCACGUCUUCCACUGGGACAUCAUGGUGUUCUUCAUGUGCCACUGUCUGGCCUGGUUCAUCUCUGACUACAUCCAGCUCCGUGGAGUCCAGGGCGGCCCAAUGUGCUUCUCCAAGCUGGACUACGCUGUAGCCUGGUUCAUCAGGGAGUCCAUGACCAUCCAGAUCUUCCUCUCAGCCCUGUGGGACCCCACCAUCAGCUGGAGAACGGGUCGCUACCGGUUACGCUGUGGAGGCACGGCUGAGGAAAUACUGGACGUAUAAAAACUAAAACGCAAAAGGGGGCAGGGAGAAGAGAAGAGCCGUCGGCUGGCGGCUCGGGACACGCCCACAAGGAAGGAGAGACGGACGCUUGCACAACACGCAGAACGAACUGCAACAGCUUCCUUGGGUUUAGAUUUUGUGUGAGUUUUAAGAAGUGACAUUUUUUAAAAAAAAAAUAGUUUUUUAAAAACCUGUGGCGUGCGGGAGGUCUUGUACAGUGUAUUUAUGUUCUUGGUGCUUUUUUCGGGACUCGCUGUGGUCUUCUGGAACAGUCCAAGACCUUGAGUUCCCAAACGAGCCAGUUGUGACGGAGCAGUGAAGGGGGGAAAAAGGCGGAGUUGCAGGGCACAGUGAAGGAAAACGAGGGCGGAGUUACAUGGAACAUGUCCAGGAAGGAGGAAUGAACCAGGGCCACAGGGCCAAACAAUGUCUGGAACCUAAGAGGUAUACUUUUUUUUUUUUUUUAUGUGCUGGUAAACAUGUUCUGUGUUAUGAACAGCACUGCUGCAUGCAGACAUAUACAUUUUAAGAAUCACUUUGAAUAGUGGUUAUGAUUUUACUAUUAUGGUAAUCAUUUUAUGCAAAUGUUAGCAUGCCAAACGGGUUGAACUGCCAUUGUUUAGUGUUCAGCGGGGCAUUUCAGCAGUGGGAUUAUUCACCUAAAGCAUGGUCACACUCCACUGAAACCCCACUGGUUUCACUGGUACUUCUGAAGCAGAUGCCCUCGUCUCUGCGACAUGGUUCCUGGCCAGCAAGCAGCCACGCAGCAUUUCACCGGCCCCCCCCAAGCUGCCACACCGUGGCCGAAACAUAGUUCUCCGCACAGGGUUCCACAGUGCUGGGGUGUGCUGCGAAGCCGUAGGCCACGGUUCCACCUCUCGCCUGCAGGUGGUCCACGUCGGGCAGGUCCACACGCACUGUUCUGGACACCACGCCUGACUGUGUGCCCUGUCCACACCUGGUCAGCCUCUUCUUCCUGCUCUGCAGGCCAGCCUUGGUGCCUCCACAUGCCUGCUGUCGCCCUCGAUAACCUACUCCAGGCCAAGGGGCCGGCAGUCUGAACGGAGGAGGUUUCUGAUUAUGCCCAAAGACUUUGCUGUCUCAAUGUAAUAACACAUUCCUGCACCAAUGUGUAUGAAGUGCACAGAUACACUGAGGACAUGGCCCUGUCCACCAAACCGCUCCCCCCACUGCACCCUGCUAUCCCACCUCAAAACAGUUGUCACUGUUUACUCCUGUUUGAUGUUUACUCUGAGAAUGGUGGUGUGUGCACAUAUUUACUUGAGGGGUGAUCUCCAAAUUAUACAAUUAUACUUGUAUCUUCUUUAAUCCUGUUGCAUUUCAACAUGUCCAGUAAAUCUUGAGCCAGUCUACCAAUGUAGACCACUGAACGGUCUUUUUUGGUUUCUGCAAUAAACCCCACGGCUUUGUUAAGCGACACAAUGGCUUCAUUUCCCCUUGAUUCAUUUCAGAUACCUGUCAGCUGGAUUGCUUCGUGUUUAGAACGCCCUCUCCAAAUGUGCGGAUCAAAGCUCUCCCAGUGUCGAAAAUGGCAGCGUUUUGGUUGAGUCCACGAUUUCCUUUUGCACAAUCUCCGUGCAACGUCCUCUUUCCACCCUUGCUUGCGCACCCAGCCUUGCUCUUACCGUAUUCUGGUCAUACACCCACCCCAGUCAGGGCUUUACACUGAGCUGACACCAAGUUGGACAGUAUUAUGUAGGAGUGUAACCCUCCGUCCCAACAGCUUUGCCUUUUGUUGUGGCUCUGUUAAAGGGACAAAUGGCGGGGUCCUUGGUUUCGUUUCUGCAGUAGCUUUGACCCCGCUUUCUGUGCAGAGGUAGCAGCAGGUGCUGUUGUCCAGUGUAGUACAAUGCCAACGCAUCGCUUCUUCCGACCUGUCAGCUGUCCCUCAUCCACACCGUUCUGCCAGUUAGGCUGAUGACUUCAAGUGAACACUUCAUGCUAAUGAUGGUGGCAGGCCGGGAAACACUGACUCUUAUCUCAACCCAGGCCGGCAAAGUCUGAAAAGUUGCUCGUAGAUUAGUUAGCAAUAAGUUUAAGUCAUCCUCUACUUAGUCUGUGAAACAAACCGAUUGCACCAGUCAUACAAUAUAUCUCUAUAUUAAACUUUACACAGUAUAAUGACCAUUUCAAGUAAUUGUUCAUUCAGAAGCAAUGUAGUAUAGUUGAGCAGCACAGUGAAGUACCUGAAUGUAUUGUUGCAUGUAAAUAAGUGUAAAUUGUUCUUUCUGUGCAGUAAAUCUGGUGUUGCCCCAGAAGGUGCAAUAGUAGUUGACAGUUAGGGUACAGAUUCAAACUGGACGGUUUCUGCUUUCAGCAAGUAAGCUGUUCUUGCCUUCUUUGUCUGAUCAAGCAGAGCCACUUGAAUUAAUUCCAGCUCAUUUGCAGCGGUUAUUCAACACAUGGUCAAAUUCUUUUGCUUAUAGUUCUCCUUUUGAGAAUGCGUAUAAAUGUGCGUGCACCUGUGUACGCGUCUUAGGGUUCAUAUGUGUGAUCUGUUGACAGUCUUUUACCAUAUUGCUGUUGGCAAUGAUUUUGUAUUAUUGUAUGUGGGGAACUGGAUUUUUUUUUUUUUUCCCAUCUUAGUUCACUAUGUUUGAAUCAUUAGUGUGACUUAUUGUAUGUGAAUCCACAAUGUGUGAGUGAAAGAGAGAGCAAGAGAAGAUUCCUGUGCUUUGUUGAAUGCUAGUGGCAUUGACCAUAUUGUGAACCCCAGAAGUCUCCUGUGUUGGUAAUUAAACAUGCUUACUGUGGUUAACUCCAAAAAGGUGACUAGUGAACCAAAUCCUGAUGUGCAGCUGUUCUCGGGGCACAGUAAACCCUCAUGUAUCCUGAGCAGAAACCUAAUGUGAACUAGGCAGUCUUUCUGAUUUUGAAAAUGCACUUGCCCCACAUGAAAGAAGCAAUUCCGACUCUCAGCUGCUGCUGUCUAGACGUGAGGAAGAGCAAGGGCUAGUUUUGUAGGAGCCACGUGAGGCAUUGUCAGAUACUGUUUUCAACAGCUAGCAUAAAACUUUGUCAUGCUUAUUAGCUUCUGACUAUACACUGGGGCAGUUUGCUCCCAUGUGCCACCAGUCACACUUGGGAAGAAAAAUAUCUAGUUGUGAUCCACUGUAUAUUUUUAUUUGCUGAAAGAAAAAAAAAACUUGCCUCUGUGUUUUUUUUUUAAAUGUGUAUAGUGUAUUUAUGGAGUUCAGUACAUGUUAAUUGCUCUGCUUCAGGAGGCCUAAUUUAUUCUUGAGCUGGACUUUUUUUUUUGCCUUCAGAUUUUGUAUAUCCUUUCAUCUGUCUGUAGUGAAGAACUAUGGCUGAAAUAAACUAUUGUUUUUGAAGUCCC